GUUACCUCACGAAGCUGCUGCAGAACCACACGGCCCAGGCCUGCGACGGGCAGCACCUGAGCCUGCACUGCCCUCGGCACUCCACCAUCAGCGUCCAGUCAGCCUUCUAUGGGCAGGACCCCCGCAUGUGCAGGGCUGGGCAGCCUGGAGCCAGCAUGGCAGAGCCCAGGGACUGCGUGGCGCCCACCUCUCUGCAGAAAGUACUGGAUGAAUGCCAAAACCUGAGAUCCUGCCAGCUCCUUGUCAAUAGUCGGGUUUUUGGGCCUGAUCUGUGUCCAGGGACCACUAAAUUCCUCCUUGUCUCCUUUAAAUGCAAACCUACUGAAUACAAAACCAAAUCAGCAUGUGAGAACCAGGAACUGAAGCUCCACUGUCAGGAAUCCAAGUUCCUGAUCAUCUACUCGGCCACCUAUGGCAGAUGGGCACACGAGGAGAGCGUCUGCUCAACCCAGGCGGAGCACUCACCCCCCUUUGACUGUUUGUCUUACACAGCGCUGGAAGUGUUAUCAAAAAGGUGCUAUGGGAAGCAGAGAUGCAAAGUCAUUGUCACCAGCCGGGAUUUUGGGAGCCCGUGCCUGCCUGGAGUGACAAAAUCCCUGAAUGUCAGCUAUGCCUGUGUUCCCAAAUUCAUCCUGACAGCAGUCAACCCCCUGGUCCCUGGUAACAAGUCUUCCAUCAACCAGAACGAUGGUGUCGACCUUGAUCCAAGAGAAUCGAGGCUUCCAAAGAAAGAUGGGACUGUUGUUAGCUCCAACUACUUGGCUACAUUUGCAUAUAUUAGAGAUCACCCUGAAAGGCUCGCUCUGCUCUUUGUGUCCAGCGUUUGUGUGGGGCUCAUCUUCACGCUGUGUGCCUUAGUGAUCUGCGUGCUGUGUCCCGGGGACAUCCGCAAACUGCGCGGGAACAGGGAUCAGCUGGCGCCACACAGUGCCAGAGCCCACAGGAGCACCGAACCACGGGAGGAGGAGGAGGAGGAGGAGGAUUCCUCCCUUUCGGACACCCAGGAUGAGACAGACGGACUGUACCGACCUCCGUACUCAGGGUAUAACUCAGCAGAGGCGGCGGAGCUGGCCGAAAGGAUCGAGCGCAGGGAGCAGAUCAUACAGGAGAUCUGGAUGAACAGUGGCUUGGAUAUGACACCCCCUAGGAAUAUGAACACAUUUUAUAUUAAUGAACAAUAAAUGGCUUAUUUUGGAUGGCACUCUACCCCUUUUUAAAAAAACAAAAUGUACCUUCUGUGAAGGAACAUUCCUAUCAGUGAAUAUAAUUAUUUGUAAAAUAAAAAGAAAUAUAUACAAUAAAAAGAGGGUUUCAUACCCUUGACUGUCAUGAAAUCCUUCUGUGAAAAACACUCUACAGUUUUAACUAAUGGUACAGAUUACUUUUCACUGUCAUUUAGUUUCACUGUAACUGCCAAAUGCAUGUCCAGGAAUAUUAAAGAAGGUGGAAAAUAUUUAAUCAGAUGUAUUCAACCAUCAGAACAGAUCUGCCCAAGAUGAGCUCCUGCUGCUGCCUGUGCUGGCCAAUCUGUGAAGGACAAGCUCCAAAACGGCUGCUGCUCUCAUGAAGGACUCUCAAAGUUACCACACGCCAACAAUACUUCACUUAAGGGAAACACUGCGUUCAUUUUCCUGAUCCUAAAGCAGGGUUAGAGCCAGCAAUUCAAGGCAGGUCGUAUUCUCAGGAUUUGUUAUCAGUUCACAAUCUUCACUUGAAAAUUGUUAGACUAGUCGGAUUUGGUUUCAGUUAGAGAGAAAAUUAAAUCAAUAAUGUGUCUAAGCUGAAACCAAAACAGCCUUCCUGUCUUAAAAAUGUCUCCAAUAUUUUUGCUGCAGCCCACAGGGAAUUUACUGAACAAAAGGAGGAAAACUGUCACUUCCUACUGGUAAUACUUCAUGGGUUCACUGUGCUUCUCCACUUAGAUGUCGUGUGCCCAGGUAGAGCGUGGUAUGAAACCCUUGGAAAGAAAACAGUGACGUGGCUUGUCAUUUCCUGCUGAUACACAGUGAAAUUAAUCCUGGAAAAACUUUAAAGGGAGGAAGGGACCUUGCUCAGAUGACUAAGGCACAAUCCUGUGCUCAACUGGAAAAAUCUCAGCAGCAAGCAGCAUCCUAUCAGCGGAAGGAAGAGAGGCUGAGGAGCUGGACGGAGGGCUGAGGUCACCAGAGCACUGGGAAACUGCAGGAGAGGCCAGCACAGCCCAGGAGCCUGGCUGCAAUCCCAGAGUUGCUCUCCCAUUCAGCAGGAAGCUGUCACAGCCUGUGCUGUGCACAAUAUUGAUCAUCAGGUUUAGGUCAGGAGAAGCCCAUGCCCUUGUCCUGAGGGUGAAGGUGGUAAAUUUGCCUUUGGGGAGGGCCCUGGGCCAGGUCUGGCUCCUUCCUCCCAACCCAUGGGGCAGGAGCCACCCACUGACAGUCAGAUACAGAGGGACUGAUCUACAUCCCAGCAACUCCUCCUGCUGACAAUCCGUGCUAGGGACAAAAACCUCAUCUUCUUUUCAUGGAGCGGGCUGGGCUGAGGGCAGGGGCUCCCCAAAACUCUAUCCUGGUUAAACUCUCUUUUGGAAAGCCUGGGGCCCACAACCCAGCUAAUCUUUUUUGGAAGUUAUCUGGCUGGCAGUUAAUGUUUAUAGUCACUAAAAUCUGUGCAUUUUCUUCCCUCAUUUUUUACCGGGAAGCCUCAGUGGGGUUUCAGCCCACAAGCCGACAUCCUAACAAAAGCUGGGAGUUACCUUUACCU